ACUCUCCUGGGGUCUCUCAGAAGCACUGAAAUAUAUGAACUUUGGUCUCAAUACGGUGAAAGUUUAUUUACGAGUGUCUUAUCCUGCAUAAUACCUCCUGCUCAGCAGACUCUGAUGCAAACAUUUGCUGUGCUCCCGCAACUGAAACAGCCUUAAUUUGUAUAAAUAAGGAGGGAUUCGCUUUGUUGAGGUGAUCAGCAUUACAAGCCAGCGGAGGUUGCCCUUGGAUUUCUGGUAGAGCAGAUCAGAUGUGUCGCUCCUGGAACGCAGCAGGCAAUAGAGACUCGACAGUGGGACCGUUCUUCCAAAAUGGGAAUACGCAAUCUGCACAGCCACCACACGCCCUGGCUUUUUUGGAAUUCUCAGAAGUGGAGAAAAGAGAUCCUCAGGAGCUAGUCGCUUCUUUUUCAGAGAGAGUGCGGAACAUGUCUCCAGAUGAGAUCAAAAUCCCUCCUGAACCUCCUGGCAGAUGUUCUAACCAGCUGCAGGAUAAAAUUCAAAGGCUAUAUGAGAGGAAAAUAAAAGAGGGCAUGGAUAUGAACUACAUCAUUCAGAGGAAGAAGGAGUUUCGCAACCCCAGCAUCUAUGAAAAGCUGAUCCAGUUUUGUUCAAUUGAUGAACUCGGUACAAAUUAUCCAAAGGACAUGUUCGAUCCUCAUGGCUGGUCAGAGGACUCAUAUUAUGAGGCACUAGCUAAAGCCCAGAAGAUCGAAAUGGACAAAUUGGAGAAGGCCAAGAAGGAACGCACAAAGAUUGAAUUUGUGACUGGCACUAAGAAGGGCACGACAACAAGCGCCACUUCUACAACCACCACAACAGCCAGUACCACCGUGGGAGAUGCCCAGAAGAGGAAGAGCAAGUGGGACUCAGCGAUCCCUGUAACAACGAUAGCUCAGCCCACCAUCCUCACCACUACCGCGACGCUGCCGGGUGUUGUCACAGUGACAACAAGCGCGAGUGGAUCCAAAACUACCGUCAUAUCGGCUGUUGGCACCAUUGUGAAAAAGGCAAAGCAGUGACUCGUGUGCUGGGCCUGGAUUUUCGGACUUAAUUGUCAUUGAAGCCAUUGUUCUCGAAAGGGAGGGGUAGCUUUCGCCUUUGGUAAAAAUGACAAGAUUCUUUGAAACAGACCACAGUUCCCUCUGGAAAGAACGGGGGCAGGAGCAGGAACGCCAGCCAUGUGCCCACAGAACGGACCUCUGCCGAAAAUGCCUCUGCCUUUUCUUGCUGCGGGAAGAUCUGGUCUCUGUGUUGUGCUGGAGGAAGGUGGUAUCUGAAGUCAGCUUGCAAAAAUUAGCCUAUUAAAUUACCAUGUUAGAUUCUUACUCUACUUGCAGAUCUGGUUUGCGGGGGGGGGGAAAAGGCAAGUAGUGAGGGAAUAUCAGUAUUACCCUGUGAAUUGCAGGUCAUGCUCAAACGCUGCCAGCAGGUUGUGAUUGUUUCCUUCCUCCUGUACGUGCAGUUCCAAGGGAAUUAAAGCAGAGAUGACUGGUCAGUGUCCAUUUUCAAAUGUGUAGCAGAGACCUGAAGCGAUCUACAUCUGUGAACGUAGACUCGCUCCUUGUUAUAGUGCCGACACCUGUACCUGUGCGCCUGUCUGUGUAGAUCUUAGUGACCAUGUGUUAAAUAGUUGAACUAUUGAGGAAACUGUGCUGAAAUACCAUCGUGCAGGGAUGGAGAUUUCUAUGCAGACCCCAUAAGCUGUAGAGGUUUGAUGUGUGAGCUCAUUUGCGGAGAUAACUCUUCCAUCGCCGUGGAAUGAGACUGGGCUGCAGAUAAGCAGAGUGUCCGAUCCUGUUUGUUAUAUUGUCCAUCUUUGUACGCGAUCAUGACGUCCUGUGACAUGCACACACGGCAGUUACUGCUUGCUCCACUGUUGUGAAAAAUAUUUUCAGUUGAAAAUUUUAUUGUAUAAAUCUUCUUACCUGCGUAGUCAAAAUUUAUUAUAAAAAUGAAAAAGUCUUUAGAAAA